AUGUCAAAAAACGAAGAAAAUGAUUUAACCCAGGAUUCAGAUAAAAUACCAAAUGAUACUAGUGGAAAUAGAAAUCUUGAAGAACAGGACAAUGUUAAUAAUGAACAUACAGCAAGUGAUAACAAAGAAUCACCCUACACACAUUCUGCGGCUGAAACAGAUGGUCCGUCUUUACCACAACGAUCACCAUCUAUGACAUAUGAGGACAUGUUCGACUUAACUGGUCACGGGAGGUUCAACUUUUGGGCAUUGAUAGCCACUUCUCUGUUUCUGUGGUACUCAGCCAUCGAAACUCUGUCAAUGGCGUACGUCUUGACACCAAUUGAAUGCGAUCUAGCCCUUUCCGUCGCUGAGAAAGGACUCAUCAGCUCUGGCUGCUAUAUUGGCCUGCUGUUCACGGGUUUAUGCUGGGGCGGCAUCACCGACAAAUACGGCCGCAAGAAAGUGAUAGUUCCCACCGUGAUCUCCUGCUUGUUCUUCUCCUUCCUUUCUUCAAUGAGCACAAAUUUCUGGGCGAUGUUCUUCUUUAGAGUUAUUGUUGGUACUAUGUUGUCAGCAUCUUUUUCAACGGUGCUGGUGUACUUAGGCGAAGUGAAUACUCGAGCUUAUCGCGAUAAAGCGGUGAGCUGGGCCAUCACUAUAAGCGUUACCCUCUUUAUUGUUAUUCCAGCACUGGCAUGGGCUAUUAUUCCCGGCAGAUGGACCAUCAAUAUACACACGAUGAUUGUGAGACCAUGGCGUGUCUUCAUGUGGAUGUGGUCUCUGAUAGGCGGAAUGGCUGUCUUGAUUCUUAUAUUUCUGCCUGAAAGUCCACGAUUUCUAUACGCUGCUAAAGGGAUUCGAGCUGCUUUGCCCGCCGUGGUUCAAAUUUUUGCAUGGAACAAAAAAAAGAAAAAAGAAGAAUUCCCAGUGAUUACACUGGCAAGCACAUCAACAACAAUUUUAGAUGUAAAAGAGAAGACCUUAAAGGAGACUGUGAAUCAUAUGUCAUUGCUGUUGCGGAAGCCCAUGCUGAUGCCUAUGCUGAUAACGCAUUUCUGCAUGUUUAUUGUUCAUCUCACUGUAUUUGGUCUUUAUAUGUGGUUGCCGGAUAUUUUCUACGCAACAAUGCAACAUCUCGAUCUCAAAAUAUCCAUGUGCGACAUUAUCGUUAUUAAAUAUGGUGACAAAGGACUGAAGAAUGCGACGCGAGUGUCGAUGUUUUCCGGUGGCGGUGACACUGGAGAAACCUGUGCAGGUUUAUCAAGUGACAUGUACCCUGUGUCUAUGUUGGCAGAGUUUGUUUUCAUGCUACCAUAUUUCGGACUAUCUCUCUUAAUCCAUCGCAUUAACAAGAUACACAUUUACUCUGUCACAUUGGGUGUGUCCCAGGUUUUAUUUGUAAUGUCGGCGUUUAUACGACAACCAAUCGUAGCAAUGAUUUUGAUAAUCUUCGGCACUGCCUCCGCGGUGCCGGCUAUCCUCACUGCCAUGGCCGAUGAGGUGUUCCCAACCACUUUGAGGGCCACAGCGAUGUGCACUAUGUUUAUGGCUGGAGAGAUUGGAACGAUUUUGGGGGCAAAUCUCAUGCCGCUAUGCGCCUUGAGUGUUCAGUGGUGUUGGGGACUCUUCAUUUGCGUAGCUAUUGCUAAUUUAGCAUCGUGCGUUUGGAUUGAAGUAGGCUGGCCUAACGUUGAGCAAGUAAGAGCUAUUAUGGAAGAAAGGGGCUUCCCGUAUUAG